AUGGCGAGGCUCAUUCCAUACAUGGUCGCUUUCGUAGCAGCUCUCGUCACGCUCGGUUUUCUUUUUCAUCUGUCAGAAACAUCAAUAUGGGUCAAUGAGGAACGGCAAGAUGGAUACAUGGAGGAACGACAAGAUGGAUACAUGGAGGAACACGUGCAACUGCAAGCUGCUAUGUGUGGAAACACGCAAGAGAACAGGACCAGAGUCAGUAUCGGUGCUGGGCCAGGCGCUUUGGUUCAGGGAUGGCCGUCCAAGGGCGGUGUCUAUAUGUUGGAAGACUGCGUGGGCAUUGAACUGGACUUUCUGAAGUUGGAUCGAUUCCGUAAAACGCCCCAACCAGACCCGUCUGGUCCUGACGCCGCUGCCGAAGAAGAGGCACACUGCAACAGAAUGCUGCAACUAGGGGCCAUCUGGUGGGAAAGCGGAGAAGAAUGGUUGGUGAGGAAACUCAUGGAGCCUAACGAACCGGAUCUUCGUCGCGCCAAGCGCUUCAUCAAAGUUGGCUGGCCGGCCGCAGGUGGAGUCUGGGUUCUGGACCUCAAAGAAGAUGAUGCAAUUACCAGAGACGCCGGUAUUAUUCACAAUGCCCAUGACAUGGAAGAACGCUGCAGGCUGAUUGAGCAACUGGGAGGCGUCUUCUAUGAAGAUCCAAAGAAUUGGGUACAUGCAGAGUUGCCGUGA